UGACAGGACCGUGGACAGCAACAUUUCCAGCCGGGCACCAAGUUUGUCGGCCCUUGCCUUGGCUGAGCUGAGGUCUGGCAUUUUGGAGAUCAAAGAUGGGUAGAAAAGAUGCUUCCACUACAAAACUUCCUGUUGAUCAGUACAGAAAGCAAAUUGGUAAACAGGAUUAUAAAAAAACCAAACCUAUUUUACGAGCAACCAAAUUGAAAGCAGAAGCAAAGAAAACAGCAAUAGGCAUAAAGGAAGUUGGCCUUGUACUUGCAGCUAUAUUAGCCCUCCUCCUGGCUUUCUAUGCUUUCUUUUAUCUCAGACUGUCCAUGGAUGUUGACCCUGAUCUGGACCCAGAUGAAGAUUAGCUGAGCAACAAUCAAUGCAUGAAUGGGAAAUACUUUUACAAAAGCACAUUUUGGAACCAAUACUUUCUGAAGUACUAAAACUGCAACAUCUUGAAUUCUUUCUUCUGGUAUUUUCAGUUUGCAGAAAUAUCUUUUCAAAUAGUUGCAUUGGAUAUCAAGAAAAGAAACUUACCUAGCAAUGUGAUAAAAUAUAUGCUACCAGAUACUUUUAUAAAUCUUUCUGCUUUGACAGGCACCCUGUACAUGGUGCAUUUAGAUAAAAUGGAAAAUGCAUCCUAAAUUUUUCAGAUGUCUUAGCCAAUUUAUAUGUAUA